ACAACAGACGCGACGCACAAUGCGCGCACGAAAUUUUUAUCGUCGCGAAAUCAUGAACCGCAACAAUAUCUUUAUGAAUCGCGAUAACACAGCCGAACCGAAGCGACGCGCCAUGCUCGCGUACUUCACAAGUUAUUAUUAUUGAAAUGUCGGUUAAUUUCUCGCUAUUUUAUGAAAUAAUCUUUCGAUAGUGCAAUGGGUGUGCCUAUGGUCGAUCGAUGUUGCUGGUGCAGUCUACACAUUGGUACACUGAUCAUCGGAUGCGUGUACACGAUAUGGACAUUGCUGGAGCUGAUAGGGUACUGCCUGAUCGUGACGCUGUGGCCGCUAGGCAAGAAUGGCCAAGUGUCCGUCCACAAGUACGCCUUCUACAUCACCGCUGCCAUAGUGAGCGGAAUGCACAUGCUGUCGUCCAUCCUGCUCAUUGUAGCAGCUGUAAAGAGGCUAGCAUCUCUCACGCUGCCAUGGACGAUCGUGACAGGAAUCAUCACGGCAAUCUACUUCGUGAUCUGCCUCACCGCCAUCAGCCUGGUGCUGCAGGACACCGGGGAGAUCCUGGCGCUGGAGAUCAUCGCCAUCUGCGCAUGUCUCAUUAGAACCUGUAUCGCAGUGUACUGCAUCGUGGUGGUGCACAGCCGGCACAAGCAGCUGAUGGAGGAGGAGCGGUACCAGCACGCGGGCCGCAUCUACAGGGCGGUGUCUACGGAUUAGCGUGCAACGGAACGCAAUCACUUCUAAUCAUAGACAAAGCUGUGUUGUGAUUUGUCAAAAGUGAUUUGAGAUUAGUGUCCGACCGAAAGUUCAGUUU